GAGACGCUGUUCUUGGGAUGGGAGGACUGGGACAGGGGAAGAGAAGCAAGAAGAAAGAAGCAAUGAAGGAGAGUGCAGAGAUGUAUUGAGUGGUAUCGUCUGCUCAAAAACAGAUAGAAAUUAGUGCCUAGGAAAGUUUGGGUGAAACAAAGAAGAGAGGGGGUGGAGGCAAAAUCCACAUGUGAGUGCAGCAAGUUGGAAAGAGAGGUAAAAGUGUGUGGAGAAGGGAGGAAGGGAAACAGCAAGAGCAUGCAGAGUGUAUCCUUCCCUCUGUCCCCGUAGCAAGAGCCAGGAAAAGGGGAAGGUCCUCCCUGUCCUCUCUCUGCAGCUGACAAAAACAUCUGCCCAGAAGCCCGGGGCCGGACAGAGCGGGAGAGAGGACAGAAGAGAGGAGGAGGUUAAAAAAAAAAAAAAGGUCCAGCGGCCAGGAGCCGGUCACCUAUAUGGGUUGCGUCCUGAGUUCGGACUGGUGUGGGGAGGAAGAGGUGCAACCAGUGUUGGCUGUUGGCAGGAACCCAUCUCUGAAGAGAAGGAGUCUGGAGAGGAGUGAGAGCGCCAGGAUGAGGCUGACAAAGGGGGGGAAGGGAGAACCUCACGUCUUCAAGGAAAAGACCUUUAAGAAGAAGCGACAGUGCAGCGUGUGCCGACAGAACGUGGACAACGUUGGGUCCUUCUGCAGAGUAUGCAAGACAGCAACCCACAGAAAGUGUGAGGCAAAGGUCACCUCGGCAUGCAUCCCAGCUCCCACCAAUGAUCUGCAGCGUCGAGGGACCGCUCCUUCUCGACACAUCCAGCACCUGGGGUCCACCAAGUCUCUGACCUACACCAAACAGAGGAACACCCUGCCAAGGAGCUUCAGUGUGGACCGUGUGAUGGAGAGAGUCAUGGAGCGCCACUACGACUUCGACCUGACCUACAUCACCGAGAGGAUCAUCUCCGUGUUCUUCCCCCCGAAGCUGGAGGAGCAGAGGUACCGCGUGAACCUGAAGGAGGUGGCGGCCAUGCUCAAGUCCAAACACCAGGACAAGUUUCUGCUCCUGAACCUCUCCGAGAGGCGUCACGAUAUCACACGACUAUACACGAAGGUUCACGACUUUGGAUGGCCAGACCUCCACGCCCCACCGCUGGAUAAGAUCUGUGCCAUAUGUAAGGCCAUGGAGACGUGGCUGACCUCCGACCCCCAGCACGUGGUGGUCCUGCACUGCAAGGGCAAUAAAGGUAAAACAGGCGUGAUCAUCGCGGCCUACAUGCACUACAGCAAGAUCUCUGCAGGGGCGGACCAGGCUCUCAGUACUCUGGCCAUGAGGAAGUUCUGUGAAGAUAAGGUGUCCUCUUCCCUGCAGCCGUCCCAAAACAGAUACAUCUAUUACUUUGGGGGCCUUCUGUCGGGGGCCAUCAAGAUGAACAGCAGCCCUCUCUUCCUGCACCAGGUUCUCAUCCCGUCACUCCCCAACUUCCAGGGGGAAGGAGGUUACUUCCCCUUCCUGAAGAUCUACCAGUCCAUGCAGUUGGUCUACACUUCUGGCAUAUAUGACCUUCAGGGGACCGGAGGCAGGCGUCUCUGUGUGACCAUCGAACCUGCGCUGCUGCUAAAGGGCGACAUCAUGGUCAAAUGCUACCACAGGCGAGUCCAGAGCGCAGACAGAGACACGGUGUUCAGGCUGCAGUUCCACACCUGCACCAUCCACGGCUCCCAGCUGUGGUUUGGCAAAGGGGAGCUGGACGAAGCUUGUGUUGAUGAGCGUUUUCCAUCUGAUGCCACAGUCGAGUUUGUCUUCUCUUCUGGACCUGAGAAAAUCAAAGGUCGUGAGUACCAUAAGAACGACCCGGCAGUCACUGUCGACUACAACACUGCUGACCCAUUGGUCCGCUGGGAUUCCUAUGAGAACUUCAACGAGCGAUACCAGGACAGCCUGGAAGUAGAUAUUGCCCACACCAGAGGUCCUGUAGAUGGCAGUCUGUACGCCCAGAUAAAGAAGCGUCGAGGUCCCGGCUCUGGUUCUCUCUCCUCAACCAAUGGCAGCAGCCCGGCGGGGGGCUUUGAAGAGGAUAGGUCAGAUCGUCUCAUCGCUCAAGGUUCUGACUCCGCCCUCUCAUCCCAUUCCCACCAUUUGCACCAAUCAUCCGUCCAUCCUGAGCGCAAGGAGGAGCCUGUUCGCCCGCUGCCCCCAACCAGACAGGAAAGAUUGGAGCUUGAACGUCUUCUGGGAGGGAUAGAGGGGAACCGGGAUGGAGAGCGAGAGACCGCCAUCUUGGAUGAUGGAGAUUCUUUGCCGUCUGAGAGAACGGGCACGCUGAGGCUCAACCGGUCGUGUUCUUGCCGGGACGGUUACCGGUCCCAGCGCUGUGCGGAACCCGGGUGUGACCGCACCCUCCUCAUGCCUAAUGGUUACUGCCUGGAUCGCGCUCCCGGCACCAACGGGCACCACGGGGUGACUCCUUCUGCCAGCCCCAACCCGGCUGCUCCUCCGUCCCACAUGGAUCUGUGCCAGCACUACAGCCCCCACCCCCACCAGACCCUCCCACCCCCAGAUCUGGUGUGGGACCGCCAGGCUGGCCCACCGCACUACAUGCACCGCUCCUGCUUGGAGACUCCCCCGUCUCGACACAUCUGCCCUUACCCAUCGCCGGACCUCACCCCUCACUCUCACAACCACCCGCUCCAUCACCCUCUGUCUGCCCCGGGACGUCUCUGCUGUCGGGAAGACGACUACACUCCCUAUCAUCCCCCUCCUCCACCUCACAGCCUCCACCAUGCCCACCCCCACCACCCCAAACCCUCCACCAGCCCGACCUACCAUGACAUAAUGUUAAUUGAUGGUAUGCCGCCCCCUGGCUGCCCUUGCAGAGACUGCGGCAUCAGGAGAGAAGACUCAGCGGCCUAUCACAGCUUGAGGCUGGACCAAGGUGACGGCUUCCACUGGGACAGAGAGGCGGAGCUUCAGCAAAGGGAGGUGGGGCUUAGGAGAGCCAGGGAGGCGGAGAUACCCAGAGGGUCAGAGCUCCACUGGGAGAGGGAUCCUGGGCUGAGACGAGGCAGAGAGUUGUCCCUCCACUGGGAGAGGGACAGGGAGGCGGAGCUUCUGUGGGAGAGGGACAGAGAGGCCGAAUAUUGGCACAGGAGGGCCACCGUAGCCUCCUAUGGUCCGCAGGGUCACGAUCUCCCAGCUUUCACGUUUGACCCCUUGCCAUCGGGUCACCCUGCUUAUCCAGAAGCGUCGAGGUCCAACGCUCACUCCCACCUGGACCUGAAGUACAGCAGCAGCAGCAGCGGAUACCAAACGCCCCGCCAGGUGUGCCCCUGCUCCCCAUACCAGCCCUCGCCGUCUGAAAGCAGGGGCUACGCCUCGGGGUACCAGUCCGAGUCCACGUCCCCGCUGCCCCCGGCCUCCUCCAUGACAGGGCCCUGCAGCCAUAGCAACGGGCAAGCAGAGCAUAACCACCACCACCACCACCAUCCGGACUCACAGCAGUCAUACGGCUCUGACUCACACACUGACGGCCUUCGUAGUUCUGGUGAAAGUGUGGGCUGGAGGGAUCACAUUACCCACGGUUCCUUUAAGAGGGUCCACAGAGACAACCACGCACCAUGCUCCACGCCGUCUGACAUGUCUGGACCGCCCACUCCUGUACACACCAGCAGCCCGCUGCGCACACAGGAGAGCCAAAGUCCAGGAGGAAGAGAGUACGAGAUCCGGACCACAGACAUCCUCAGCAGUGACUACGAGGCCCCCCAGCCCCAGGAGGGACACCAUUGUGCGGAUAUCAUCGCCCAAGAAUCCCUGGAAAGCCAAAGAAGCAGCACAGACCUGCCAUCGCUACCGCAGACAACCAAAGACACGCAACCACCUGUUCUACCCCAGAACCACUGCACUGCACCCCCUGACCGCUCCCUCACUGCCCCCCAACAGCAGCACUGUAGCCCAGACACACCGUCAGCUUUGACGACGCAGAACACUUCUUCUUUUGAUUCUGCAACACCGAACACAUCAAACCAGGCCCUCUGCCAGGCUCCUUCAUCCCCUAUCUGUGCUUCGUCUGUACCGGAUACAACCCCACAACCUGGCCCCAUCACAGUCCAGACCCCCCAUCCUUCAGAAGCUGCUGCUCUAGCGUCCAAUGGGGAACAGACAGUGCCACCGACUCAGAGCCAAACCCAAGGCGCCAGACAGACCUCAGCACAGGUCAACGGACCUUCUCAACCAUCUCAACCAGAAACGGAAAAACCAAUGACCCCGAACACAACGCCUGCUCCUGCAUCUCCUAACAAAGCUUCAUCAUCACCCCCACAGCCGGCCUCCAGCAGCGGGGAGGGCUCCCCAAUCUCUGACACCCCAGUUCCGGGCUUUGCCACUUUGGGUAGGAGGUUGAUGUUGAGUGGGUCAGACCCCCAUCAUCCGAACCACAUCCAGCACGGACCCCAACACCACCACUACCCAGGCAUGGAGCACAGCGCUGCCGGACACUCCUCUGCACUGGGCACCAACAAGAGGCCCUGCUACUCAGCUCACCCCCCUCAGCUCUAUCCAUCCUCCUACUCCAACUAUUCCACCAUCUCCAUCCCGCUGCCUCACCCCCAGCCACCUCUGCCAGAGAAGCGCCACCUCCCGGUCCAGCCAGGUUCCCCCAACGACAGCGUGGGAACUCUGAGGACAGCUGGAGGACACGUGACUCCCUCCAACGGCAGCAUCGCCCAGCAUCAGCACCAUGUCACAUUCUCUCCCACCGUGGGGGAGAUUGCAGCCCCAGCAGGCAAAAAUGAUGCAGCGGCGUUGGUGGAGAGCGAGAACAGGGUCAGUGUGAAGUUUGUCCAGGACAGUUCCAAGUUCUGGUACAAAGCCGGCAUCUCCAGAGAGCAAGCAAUUGCAGCCCUGAAGGAGAGAGAGCCAGGAACCUUCCUGAUCAGGGACAGCAACUCUUUCCAGGGGGCCUACGGCCUGGCCUUGAAGGUGGCUACACCCCCUCCCAGUGCAAACAACCACAACAGCAAGGUGAGCGACCCUCUGGAACAGCUGGUCAGACACUUCCUGAUAGAGACGGGCCCUCGGGGAGUCAAGAUUAAAGGAUGUCAGAACGAGCCCUACUUCGGGAGCCUGUCUGCAUUAGUCUACCAACACUCCAUCACGCCCAUCUCCCUACCCUCCGCUCUCAAGAUCCCAGAAAAAGAUCUGAUAGGAGAGGCUCCGGAGGUUCUCCCGGUGAAUAACAUCAGCACGGCUGCUGACCUGCUGAAACAAGGAGCAGCCUGUAACGUCCUCUACCUGAACUCCGUGGAAACAGAGUCUCUCACCGGCCCCCAGGCCAUCGCCAAGGCAACAGAUGCCUCCCUGGGUCGUAACCCUCGUCCCGCUGCCACCGUGGUCCAGUUCAAGGUGACAUCGCAGGGCAUCACGCUGACCGACAGCCAGCGCAGGGUUUUCUUCAGGAGACAUUACCCAGUGAACAGUGUAACCUUCAGCAGCAUCGACCCCAAGGACAGGAGGUGGGCUAACUCAGACAACAAGGCUGUUAAGGUGUUUGGUUUUGUAGCCAGGAAGCCAGGCAGUGUGGCAGAGAACGUGUGCCACCUGUUCGCAGAGAUGGACCCGGAACAACCCGCCUCCGCCAUCGUCAACUUCAUCAACAAGGUCAUGUUGUCUCAGCGCCGAUAGAGGCAAGAAAGAGACGGAAGCCAGAGCAGAUGGACAGUGGCAUGGAGAUGCAUAUAUAAAGCUUGUUAUGCACUGUAACGACUCAGUGAGAGUGUUUUCGGAGUCUGGGCCCUGACACCAACGCUCCUUGUCCAUCAAUUGGUGUAAAGACAUUUGCAUUACUCUGUCUGCUCCUAGAGGGCUGUUGACAAUACAACACUACUUUUUAUUUUUCUCAUAUAGUACGUGAUCAUUGGAGGAACUGUUGUGAAUCAAACUAAGCCAUGAUGUAAAGUGUUACAGCUCCUCCAAGGACAAGGAGGCUUCAGAGAAAACUUCUACAACAGUGGAUUUACAAGAACAAAUUGAAAUGUUCUGCGUCUAAGAGGGGCCUGUUUCAUGAAGAGAGACUGAGGGGAAAUUCAGCUAUCUUGGGCCAUAACUCAGGAUUUCUGGCAUCAUGAAGCUAACCUACUCUUAACCAGGGUAGAACACCAUGGUUACCUGGUAACAGAGUUCAGAGAAUCAGAUUUAAACCCAUAGUCAGACCUCUUACACAAAUUAUAAAGUGUACUUUUCUGUGUGGCCGAGCGCUUCAAGUUUAAAAAAACAUGUAAAUCCGCAAACGGCUGGUAACGUCACUGUAGAAACUGGAAGAGAAGCUUGUUUUUGACAAAGGCCACAAUAACCAUUUGUCUGCAACAGGCGCAUUUAGUCCCACAGUAGUAAAAGAUGUAACCUAUAAUAUUUGGACAUAAGAAUGAAUAUAUUGCAUUGAUCAUUUGUGUAAUAUCACAAUUACCUUUUAGACAUCUUUAUUUGUAUAAAUGUCAUAUCAAAGGCCACAUAAUCUCACUUUUUCAGAUUUUCUAACCAAUCCAAAAAGUAGGGGGGGGGGGCUCGGUUUUAAAAGAGGUGAUGUCACAUGGUUUGGUGCACCAAUCAGGAUCAGAAACAUCUGAAUCUGGUAGACCAGAUAUUUUGGAUUCUUAAACUUAUCUUACACUUUUCUUCCUUAAAUGUAGCUCUUCAAUAGUGAGUUGCAUUUAGAAAUAUUCAUGAAUGGAUUCUAAGGUUCCAGGAGCUUUUUGUAGUGGUUGUUACAGCUUCAUGAUACCAGUGUUCCAGAGUUACCGACUACGUUUAACUCACUUUGUGAAACAGGCCCGUGGUUAAAUACAACUUUUAUCAUGACUGAAGGAGCUUUAAAGGACACACACAUCAGACUGUGGGAAGAUAUUACAAAGAGGACAUUUCCUUGCACUGUUUUGGGGGUGAAAAGCCUGAACAUGUUCAACCAUUAAGACAUAGGAACUUCCUUUAAUAACAGAAUAUUCUGUUAUAAAGUGACCAAAGCCCUGAUAAUGUUAUUACACCUAUAUUUUGAGAUUUGCAGGUAUUGACAUGUAUGUACCGAGCAGUUACAGCCACUCUUGCCUUCAUUAUAACAGCUUUAAUCAUAACCGACAAUCGCAUACACUUACUACAUCGGAGCGAGGAAGAGACAUAGCUCUCUGAUGAAAGUAAACAUGAAUGUGAGGUUUUUAAACUUUUAACGAGUGUGUGUGCGAGGUAGUGGCCUGUGUGUGUGUGCGGGGUAGUGGCCUGUGUGUGUGUGCGAGGUAGUGGCAUGCAUGUGUCGAGGGUAUUUCGGGUAAGGUUUUCGUUAACGUCCAUUUUUAAAGAUAUGUAUGUGACAUGGGGGAAACGCUAGAUGAGGGAGGACGUAAAGUGUUCAAACGCACCGUUGCUGUGUUACCAAAUUCAGUAUAAAACAGAGCAGGCCGGUAAACACACACAAAGCAAAGCAGUGGCCUAAAGACAGACGUACUUAACCAAAGACAAAGCACUCUUGUAUUAAUAAGCUUUUUAUCCUGCUAUAUUUUUGUACUUAAAGCUUCUUGUGUUUUUACUCUAUGCAUUUAUUUUAGUGUGUUGCCUUGAAACGUAGAAAAACACUACUUGUAUUACAGCGAUAAUAUAUUGUGGUCUGUUUUUUCUUGUUGAUCUCUAUAUUAUGUAGUAAUAUAUUUUCACAUGCAGCUAUAGGACCGUGUAUGAGAUAUAAAAAAAGGAAACGUGUUUGUUUAUAAAGGACAUUAUGCUAUUUUGUAUGCCAAAAAAUGAAGAAUAGAUUAAACAGAAAUGAUGUGGUACCUAAAGUG